AUGGCGACCAAAGAAGGCRAAGAAGUCGAGAAAGAAGAAGAAAAAUCCAACAGAAUAUCAAAAAAGGUGUUAUUCGUAAGAAAUCUUCCCUACGAUAUCAAAGAUGAAGACUUUGAGAAGGCAUUCAGUGAUAUAGGGCCUAUCCGAAGAAGUUAUUUGAUCAAAGAGAAAGGUUCAAACAACUGCAGAGGGUUUGGGUACGUAACAUUUGCUAUUGAAGAAGAUACACAAAGAGCCAUGGAGACAGUAAAGAUGCUUGGCGGCAGGAAGCUAAAAUUUGCUUUCUCUGACAAGAAACCAAGACAAAAUAGACGAGAAAAACAUCCCAAUAAAGAGAAGAAGCUUCAAGGGUCAGAUCAUGAAGACAAUCAUGAUGAUGAUGAUGAUGAUGAUGAAAAUACUAAUACAGAUUCAUCAGAAACCAAAAAAGACAGAAAGAACUUCAAGAAAACCGAAGAAGAAAAAGAAGAAGAAAAUGAAGCCAAACAUAAGAGCACAACAAAGCCAGAUGGUCAUCCUUCAUCUGACAGCAAAACAAGAAAACCAAAAUCUCAGAGAGCCCAGCCACAAUCUGAUGUAGGCCGAACUGUACACGUCUUGGGUCUACCCUCUACAAUAUCUGCCAAGGAAAUAUAUAAAAGGUGCCGUAAAGUAGGUGAAAUUGAGAAUACAGUUUUUCCACUAGAAGAUCGGGAUGAACCAGUGGCAGCACUUACUUUUAAGACUCCAAAGGAUGCAAGAAUUGCUGUCGCAAAAUUGAAUAAAAAAGUCAUCAAAGGUAAAGAAGUAACCGUUGUUCUAAAGUCCAAAGAGCAUCAACAACUGUCACAGAAGAGCUUGAAAAAAUCAAGAUUGAUUGUACGGAAUUUGUCAUUCAAAUGCACUGAUGCUAUUCUCAAGGAGUUCUUCUCACAGUAUGGUGAAAUAAAUGAGGUGAACAUGCCAGUCACGAUGAAAGGAAGGAGAAAAAAGAAACAAGGCUUUGCAUUUGUUCAGUUUUCAGAUGUUUUCAGUGCUGCUAAAGCGAGAGAAGCAAUGAAUUUAAAAGAGAUUCUUGGUAGGCCUAUCGCAGUAGACUGGGCAAUCCCAAAGGACCAGUAUGAAAAAGUUGGAAAGUCACUUCAAGGAAACAAAGAUGAAAAAGUCGAAGGUGCAGCUAAUCAACAUGAUGAUGAUGAUGAUGAUGAAAAUAACGAUGACAAUGAAAGCCAUGAGGAGGAUGAAAGGCUGGAAGAAAGUGGCCAAGAAAGUGAUGAUGCUGAUGAUGAUAAAAAUGAUGAGGAAGAAGACGACGACGAUGAAGAUUCUCAAGAGAGCAAAAAAAAACCUUCCGAUGUUAAAGAAGGGCUGACAGUCUUUAUCAGUAAUCUCAAUUAUGACACCACACAGAAGUCUCUCUUUCAACUGUUCAAGAAGUACGGUGAUAUUGAAUACUGCAAAAUCGUCACCGACCCUCUAACGGAUCACAGUAAAGGAACGGCGUUUGUGAAGUUUAAGGCUUUGGAGAGCGUUGAAAACUGCUUAGAGGAAGCGAACGUGGAAGGCGUUGAAAAUGAAGGCCUACAUCUCGAUGGCUUCAAGCUACGAGUUCACCUAGCAGUGACCCGAGGCAAGGCACAGCAACUAAGAAUGGAAAACAAAGAAUCGAAAAAAGAACCAAGGGAUAAGAGAAAUCUGUACUUAGCACGCGAGGGUGUCAUCACAGCGGGUUCUGAGGCAGCCAAAGACUUGAGUAAAGCAGACCUUCAGAAAAGAGAAAAAGCUGAAACUGAGAAGAAGGCUAAAUUAAGGAACCCCAAUUACUUUGUUUCGACGACAAGGCUCUGUGUACGAAAUCUGCCUUUGUCGGCGACGGAAAAGGAAUUGGAAAAGAUCUUCAGCACUUCUGGCGCGGUUAAUGGAGGGAAGCCUGCUCUUGUGAAGAAGGUAUUGAUCAUGCGCAGUAAGGAUCGAAUGGACGGUUCCGGGAAAGGACGUUCACUAGGGUUUGGUUUUAUCGAGUUGGCAAGUCAUAAAGAAGCCUUGACGGCUCUAAGACAAACCAACAACAACCCAGAAAUCUUUGGUUCAAAUCGAAGACCAAUCGUGGAGUUUUCUAUUGAGAAUAGCCUUGCUUUGAAGGCGAAACAACAGAGAAUGGCGAGAAGUAAGAACAAGGAAAAGCCGCGUGUAGAAAAGGAGGAAGAGAUCAAGACGAACAAGCAGAGAAGAAUCGAGAAAGGAGUUCGACGAAGAGAAAAGAGGAAGCUUAAAAGACUUAAUAAGAAAAACGCAGGAGGCAAAGACGCCUCCAGUGUUGCAGAAGGAAGCACAAAUUCUCGUGCAAACAAACCAAACUCUGGUGAAAAUUUUAAAAAGAAAAAGAAACAGUUCCCGAGCAAAAAACAACAAAAGUCACUCAAAAAAGAACCAGAAAACUUACCAACAAAAGAAACAAAGUCGGUGAAAUUGUUUCAGAGAGCAACUAAAUCAGCACAGAAAGAACCGGCUAAUCAGAGUUUUACCGGCAGAAAAAACAGCAAAAGAAAAGCAAUAGACAUGAAAGAAGAAGUAGAAUUCAAUACCAUCGUACAGAAAUAUAAAAGCAAGUUGUUUGGAGACUCCAACUCCGCUGCUAAGCGAUCUAGAUGGUUUGAAUAGAUUUUUUAAAACUUUUGUUGACUUAUACUAACAAAAAUGGCGGAUUAAGCAAUGUUUUUACUCAAUUUUUUUGGUCUUCUGUCAAGAAUUAAACUCAAUGACCAUG